AUGGGAGUGACUCUGGUAGAAAAGGCAGAGUUGGCCACUUAUCAAUUGAAAGGUGUUUCUCAAACAUGGUAUAACAAAUGGAAAGGAGGUAGACCAGAAGAUGCGGCUCCUCUUGAUUGGGAGAAGUUUAAGGCUAAUUUUCUUGAUAGGUUCCUUCCCCUUGAUAUGAGGGCAGUAAAAGUGCUUGAGUUCAUCAACCUUCGUCAAGAAAGUCUGAGUAUAAGGGAAUAUGCUUUAAAGUUCACACAAUUGUCAAAUUAUGCUCCAAUAAUGAUUGCCGAUUCUAGGGCAAGGAUGACGGAGAAACUUAAGGAAAAUUCUAGGGAGGGGAAGAGGGCUAAAAGCGGUAAUGGUAAUUUCUCUCAUGCAUGGUUCGAUGGACAUGGUCGUUCUAGAUUUCGACAAAGUUUUUCCGGUCAAGGUUUCUCCAAUGCUCCUCCUAAGUUCAAAAAAGAUAGGGUGUCUGACCCUAAGCCUCAAGGAGGGAACGGUAAUGGAUCUUCAUUCCGCAUGUCUACUUGUGCUAAGUGUGGAAAUAAGCAUAAGGGUAAGUGCCUAGCCGUCACGGAUGGUUGGUUCAAUUGUGGUUAA